AUGCUGUUCUUUCUGCUGUUGGUUGGGAUUGUAUUCACGAUGUCGCACGAAGAGGAGGGUCAUCUACCUCUGUUCAAGAGUCCCCUUCUCUAUGGAGACGAGGGCCAUUCAUCGAUCAGCAGUCAAGAUGAAGGUGCAAUCAAGCACGCACACCAUCAAGUCUCCACGAACGACGACCAAACUCUCCACGACAACCCACAAUACCACCGACACGCAGAAGCAACCACCGCCGAGCUCUUCUACGACCUCUUCUUCGUCGCCAAUUUGACAGUCUUCACCAACGUCCACGAAGUCAACGAUGGCGAGACGCUGAAGCAGUAUAUUGGCUUCUUCUGCGUGCUGUGGUUCACAUGGUAUCAAGUCAGCCUUUACGACGUCCGCUUCUCUACCGACUCCGUGUUCGAACGCAGCGCCAAAGCGAUUCAGUUCCUCGUGAUGAUCGGCUUCGCCAUCACUGGUCCUAAGUUCGACGUCGGGAAAGCGAAGAAGGAUGAAGACUCCAAGGGACCAUCCCUCGUCUACUUCAAGGCCCUGACGCUCGUUCUCAUGGUCAGCCGGCUCGUGCUGGUCUUUCAAUAUCUGCAGUCGCUAUGGUUCACUCGACAUUACAAGAAGACUAUCCUGCCCAUGCUAAUGAUCGCAUCCACUUACUUUGUUGCGGCGAUCAUAUAUCUGGGAUUGUUCUGGAGUUUCCACCUCAACGGCACGGGCAAGAACCAUUCAUACAUUGCAUGGUACAUCGUAGCGAUCUGCGAGACGAUCGUUGCGACGGCGGUAUCAUCUGUGUACCGCAACAUCUCCUUCAAGGGAACACAUCUGGUCCAACGGAUGUCACUGCUGACGCUCAUCAUCCUGGGUGAGGGCGUUAUUGUUGUGGCCAAGACGUGCCAGAAGAUUGUCAAAGCUGAGGGAGUGCUGAAGUUCAGUGGAUCUACGAUUGGGAGCAUCAUCUCGGCGAUUCUCAUCCUCUACUUCAUCUACAUGCUCUACUUCGACUGGAUGGAAGAAGAGCACUUCGGCACCAUCUGGCAGCAAAUCUGGUCGUUCUUACACUUUCCCCUGCACCUCGCUCUAGUCCUCGCAGUCGAAGGUGUCGCUCAAUCCAUCAGCUGGCGUGCCGCAAUCACCCGCUUCAACGCCUUCGACACCCAAUUCGUCACCUGGUACAACGCCCUCAACACCACCAACGUCCCCGCCUCCACCUACGCCUCCAUCUCCUCGGAACUCUACAACACAACCUUCGACAUCACCUACGCAGCCCUCACCAACUCCGCCUCCCUCGGCGGCACCCUCGACCUCAUCUACGACCUUCCCAACAUCCAGAACGCCACGGCUGUCAUCGCCAGUGGCACCUCAGACCCAGAGUUGGCGUUGCUGGCGAUGGAGUGGACAUACUAUAAUAGUGUGAAGACGAUUUUGAAUGUGGCGGGGUUCUCCCCGCCGGAGAAUUUCACGGCGCAGACCGUGAAGGCUGAGAAUGCGGCGGUUCAGAUUGGGGUGGAUUUUGCUGAGUUUGAGGCUUUUGAGGAUAGUACGAAUGUGUUGAAUAGGACUAUUCGGGUGUUUGGGGAGACUUUUGUAAGGGUUUCGCCCCCUUCCACCUUCGUGGUCUCGCUAAUGCUUGGACAGAUUUACUUCCUCGUCGCCAUCGGCCUCUUUCUCGUGAUCUGUACUCUCAUCGCCGCACUGAGUAAACGCGAGAAGAGGCGCUUCCACUGGGUUCGGUUAGGAGCUACGGCGGUGAUUGGAGUUAUGCUCUGUCUCAUGUCGAUUAUGGCGACGACCGCGUAUGGGACGAACUUUAUUAUCAGUGUGUGGGUUCUGCCCACGGUUAUGAUUGUUUUGUUUGUUGCGGUUGUGCUGAAUAGCAUCAAGCCUGCAUUCCCAGAUUUGAAGAAGAUGUCGAGGAUGGGGAGUAGGCAUUGA